GACAGAAAAGAGAGAUUAACGUUAAAUAAUGGCAUUAUGAACAAAAGCAUUGUAAUCCUAGUGUUAAACUUUAACGGUUCCGGCAUAAAUUAACAGUUACGGCCUGUAUAAACCAGCCUUUAGGGUUAAAACGUAUUUUCUAUUCUGUUUCGUUAAAACUUGCGUUAUUAUUAAUUACAAUAUGUGAAAAGAAACAUAUAAAUUUUUCUUGUCGAGAAAUUUAUAUAUAUGCCGUCUCAUAAAUAAUAAUACAUAAAGUAAUCGCAAUAUGAGGGUAAUAUUUAGCAAGUAUAUAGGAAAGUUUAUGUUUUUACAUAAAUUAUGUGUUGUUACCACACCGCAUAAACAUAGGAAUCUUUGAGAGCAUAUUGGAGCAUUUUCGCAAUCGAUACACGAUUUUUAUAUCAGGAUUGGCCGAUAAAAAUAAAAGAGCGAUAAAUAAGAAAUGUUACGAGAUUAUGAAUUCUUUGUUCGCUUGUGCGAGAAACGUAGAAUUUUCUCGAUUCCUGAAAUUUCGGAUGCGAUUAAAGUUAGCAGUAUCACCGGGGAGUUACGAUUGUCUUGCCUAUCAAUAAUAAUACCAGUUUGCAAGAUUAUAGCGCAGACAUUAGUAUCCAGCUCUAAGAUCAAAACACUUGAUAUAAGUGACUGCAUGUUGCUACCUAAGGGUCUUGACAGUAUCCUGAAUGCAUUCUGCGAGGGCACUGCUGUAACAACUCUAAAGUUAAAGGGCAAUAAUGUGAAUGGGCCUUCCGUUGCCCAGUUAGGACGGGUUCUUGCAUACAACAACACGCUCAAACAAUUACAUAUAGAAUGGAAUAGCAUAGGAUUGCAUAUAGAUUCAUUUGCUUCUUUCUGCGAUGGUUUAACUAGAAAUCACAACAUUGAGCAACUUGAUCUUAGAAAUAUACAAGCCAUGCAGAAAACCAACCAAGUAAAGCAUAAAAAACGACAAUCAAUGAUAUUGAUCUCAUGCAGAUACAAUCAAAUAUCGUCACACUGUGCUGAACAUCUUUGUAAAAUGAUACAUCGGAACAAGGUAUUGAAAAGCAUCGACUUGUCCUGGAAUAUAUUAGGCUUGCAAGGCGGACGGCUGUUAUUAAAAGCAAUAUGUGAGAACAAGAUUAUUACCAAUCUUGUUCUAUAUGGAAACUCUAUACCCGAGGACAUCACGCUCGCAAUUAAAAAACAGCUACGAGAAAAUCGUCAUAGAUAUUCCAUCACCGAAAUUGCUUUAUCUGUCGACGCAAAAUUCAUGAAAUUUCCGAUGGGGACGAUGGGAAAGGACUUUAUAAUGUCAAUGUCAACCGGCGAUCUUGAAAUUGCUCAUUCAGAACAAAAGCAUUUAAUAUCAUAUCAAAAAGAAAAAAUCAAGACUGAAAUUCUACAAGCAUCUGCAGAUGUGAAGAUUAACGAUCGAAUUAAUCCUUCAGAAAUAAACUCGAAAAUAAAUACAGAAUUGGAGGACAAUAACAACAAUUCAAACGCAUGCGUAAAUAUUUCCUCGAGAGAUCACGAUAACAACAGGACAAUCGAGACAGAUGCCAAGAUUGCCGAUCUCGGUAAAAUGCUACAGGAACGUACCGCAAUAAUUGAUCUGCUGAACGGUGAGCUCACGAUAAAAAUCGCAGAGGUGGAUGAUAUGCGGGCACAGUUAAACUUGCUGCAGACUGAGAUUAAUCAAUUGCAGGAGGAGAAGGAGAAGUUUGAUUUGGAUAAAGCGAAGGAAAUUGCCGAAUUACGGAAGAGUCAUGAUGAAGCGAAGAAAAACUGGCAGAAGAGUUACGAGGAUUUGAAGAACGAUUAUAAUGAACGUUCGCAAUACAAAAAAGAGGCAAAUUCUAAGAUUCGACAAUAUGAAAGAGAAAUUCACAAAAGCAUGUUGAAGAUUAGCUUACAAAGAGAUAAACUCGUGUCUACUACGCGAGCGUACGAAAAUCUGCUAUCGAGGAACAAGAUUGAGAUGCAUCAUCUGAGAAGAGAAUCCAAAGAGCGUGAUAAUAAACACAGAACCGAACUGAAUAUUCUAAAAAACACGCUAAAAGAGAUUAUGCAAGCUUUCAAAGUUUGCCAGACCAAAUUACAUAAAAGCAGAGGAGAGUCGCACGACUUGUGCGAAAAACAAGGCCUUUUAAAGAGUAAAUUAGACGACGCAGAACAGAAAAUAUUGAGGUUGCUUGAUAAUAUAAUUUUUAUUUCAUUUUAAUCUCUUAAACAUAUAAAAAUAUAAAAA